AUGUCGUACUACAAGGACCGUCUCGGGUUCGACCCAGACGAGCCGACGGCCAACGGCGACGGGACCGCGACAACUGGGACUCCACGCAAGUCGAAACGCGGAUACGAGGAGAACCUGAGCAAGUUCAAAGAUGAAAGAGAUGCCAUACAGAAGAAAACGUUUACGAAAUGGGUGAACAAACAUUUGAAAAAAGCGAACCGUCAUGUUGGAGACUUAUUCAUCGAUUUGCAAGACGGUCUGAACUUGAUAUCAUUACUCGAAGUAUUGUCCGGAGAUCAAUUGCCAAGAGAAAGAGGCAAACUGAGAUUUCACAUGCUACAAAAUGUCCAAAUGGCACUGGAAUAUUUGCGUUUCAAAAAGAUCAAGCUCGUGAACAUUCGGGCCGAAGAAUAUUGUAGAUGGGCAAUCCAAAACUCACGCUGGGUCUCAUAUGGACCAUUAUACUUCAUUUCCAGGUUAGUGUCGUUAACUUUUAUUGCUGGAUAUGGGUAUUUAUGUUCGGAACGGCAUAUUAUUACAAAAAUAAAUUGUUACACAACGCUGGUCACGUGUGAUAGAACAAAACACAGGGCGCACCUGAAAACCGCGUGUGGUCGAUUAUAG